CAACCCAAACACUUUAAAUGCCACUAUAUAUAUACAUUAACACCUUUCAUUCUGCCACCUCUCUGUAAGCAUUUUAAGACUACCCUGCACAAACAUAACAAUACUUCACACUUCACAUGGAACCAAAGUGCACAAUAAACUGUCGCCGGCCGGAGUUUGCUCCGAGCGGCGGCACCCCUCUGCCGGAGAGUCCAAGAGUGCCAAUGGAGUUUCUCUCACGGUCAUGGAGUGCCUCAGCUCUUGAAGUCUCAAAAGCUCUUGCACCUCAACCUCCUCUCUCUUCUUGCAUGCCAAAUUCCAUUAAGACUACUAUUUCUAUUCCUGAAGAAUCUGCUCCUAACUCUCUCUCUGAGGACUUUUCAACCAUGUCAAAGAACCAGUUCUCUUUCGCUUCCUCAGCUACCUCUCAGCUUGUACUUGAACGCAUCAUGUCACAGUCAGCAAGAGAGGAAGUGUCUCCAUUAACAUCAGGUAGGUUAUCUCACAGCAGUGAGCCUUUGAAUGGUGGUGGUUCAUUGACGGGAACAGAUAGCCCUCCAAUUUCACCUUCAGAUGAAUUUGAUGAUGUUGUUAAGUUUUUUCGAGCAAACAAUUCCAUUCACCCGUUAUUCAAUGGUGGACGAGCCAGUGCAACUAUUGGCAAUGGCACGGCUUGCUCAGGACCUAAAACUGUUGGAAGAUGGUUGAAAGACAGAAGAGAAAAGAAGAAGGAAGAAAACAGAACCCAUAAUGCUCAGCUGCAUGCCACUAUUUCAGUGGCUGCAGUGGCCGCUGCUGUAGCAGCCAUUGCAGCUGCAACAGCAGCCUCAUCUGCACCCAACAAGGAUGAGAAGAUGGCAAAGACAGACAUGGCUGUUGCUUCUGCAGCCACAUUAGUUGCUGCACAGUGUGUUGAGGCUGCAGAAGCAAUGGGAGCUGAGCGUGACCACCUCGCUUCUGUGGUCAGCUCUGCUGUAAACGUACGUUCUCAUGAUGAUAUCACUACUCUUACUGCUGCAGCUGCCACAGCUCUACGAGGAGCAGCAACAUUGAAAGCAAGAGCUUUGAAGGAGGUAUGGAACAUUGCUGCAGUGACGCCACUAGAGAAAGGCAUUGGGGGUAUUGGACUAUGUGGUAAAAAUAACAACAAUAAUAACAGCAAUGCCAGCAAUACCAGCACCAGUGAUAGUGGGGAAGUUUUCAAUGGAGAAAAUUUUCUUGGUGCCUGCAGCCAAGAGCUACUUGCUAGGGGUAGUGAAUUACUCAAACGAACCCGGAAAGGUGAUCUUCACUGGAAAAUAGUGUCUGUUUAUAUACACCGAACGGGCCAGGUAAUGUUGAAAAUGAAGAGCAGACAUGUUGCAGGAACCAUUACCAAAAAGAAAAAGAAUGUUGUGUUAGAUAUAUGCACCGAUUUGCCAGCGUGGCCAGGAAGACAUCUGUUGGAUGAUGGAGAAAAGCGAAGGUACUUUGGAUUGAAGACAGAUUCAAGGGGGAUUGUGGAAUUUGAGUGUCGAAAUCAAAGAGAAUAUGAUAUCUGGACACAAGGGGUUUCAAGGCUUCUCUCAAUUGUUGCGCAAAGACAAAAAGGAUAUGGGAACUGAACUUGUCAUCUUAUACUUAUUACU